AUGGAAGGGAAUUUAUCGUUUCCAGCGUCUAGUACGUCGCUGCAAUUCAUGGACCUCCCAACUCCGUGCAGCGGUUUCGCGACUACCAACAACACCACCGCGAUAGUGAACACGCUUGUACGACAUGGCGCGAACGUCGAUGCCGCAGACGCGUAUGGACUGACCCCACUUCACUAUGCUGCGAUGAAGGGGAACCAGCAGGCGGCUCAAGCUCUUCUGAUGAAUUGUGCUACUGUGAACUCAAAAGGUGUGAAAGGUAUGACACCUCUUCUGACGGCGUGUGUGCAUGGCUCGGAUGACAUCGUCCGUCUGCUGCUCUCCAGCGGUGCUGACUGGUCCACCACUGACAGUCGAAUGAACUCUGUCUACCAUAUUACCGCAAUGAAUGAACGUAACAACACGUUGAAAUUGCUUCUACAAUAUGGUAUGCUUUUUAGUGGCUAUGAUCCACGCUUACGCGACGACGAUAUGCAACUUCCGCUACAUGAAGCAGCAAGUAAGAACCGGGCGCACGUCGUUGAACUGCUAGUCAAACUGGCGAAAGUGAUGUUUCUGUCCGUUAUACGACAUCUGGACAUUAUCAAAGCUCAUAUUUCAAUCAUACCUGAUGUAAUCAAUCUCGUUGAUGUACGACUUCUGGAGCGGAAAAGUUUCUGGCCGGACACUAUAGAGGACAAGACUGACUAUGGUAUGACACCGUUACUAAGCGCUGUAUGUAGUGACGCCCUUGAAGUGGUUAAGAUCCUCAUCGGUCAAAACGCUGAUAUUUGCGCCACUGAUAACGAUGGACGAACUGCUAUUUUCAUCGGUGCGAAAUUUAACGCUAUAAAAGUCCUAAGGUAUCUGCUCGACCUUUGUCGGCAAAAGGAUUGUGAGAGCGGCUCCAUUCCUGAUCUCGUGAAUCAUCCGGAUCACAAUCAGAUGACGGCCAUGCACGUCGUGUGCAACAACGGGUACAUCGAAGUAAGCAAGCUUCUCCACGAAUACGGUGCUUCCAUUGAUACUUUGAACGAGGAGGAAGAGACGCCGCUGCAUUUGGCCGCAGCCAGUGGAGAGACCGUUAGUGUACGUCAACUGCUUGAUUGGGAUAAGCGUUUGGUGCUGCUCAGGAAUGAAGAUGCUGACACUCCACUACAUUUGGCAGCCAAGAAUGAAAUGGGACAUGACACUUUCCCAUUUGGUGAAUGUCGAGGGAUGUUCGGCAUAGCUGAUGAGCGACGACGAUUGCCGUGGAAAUCGCUGACGGAUAGUGUCGCCGCCAAUUAUGGGACGUGGGAUCGACGGCGGACCCUGGCACUGGCACGGCCUCUAGCAGGCCUAAUUGAACCACCAAGCAACACAUAUUGA